AUGACUGAAGUAAAGGCUCUGCGAAAAGAAAAUCAAGAUUUGAAGAACCAAGUGGAGCAAUUAUCGAAGGAAUUUAAGAAUCUGAGUGUUAAAAUUGCCUCUGAGUCAAAUCGGCCGACGCGUGAAGUUGAACAAGAUCGCUCGAUUCAAUUUCUUAGCGACAAAUACGAUGACUUCCUAUUAUCGAAUGCGACAAUAAAGAAGGAACUUGAUCGUCUCACCCAUCGGCUAAACGAAAUCACUAAUAAUGCUCAGAGAAUUGAAAAAGCCCUUGAUGAUAUUGAAGCGUACAGCUAUCAGUACAACCUAAAAGUUAUUGGCGUGCCAGAAAUCACCGGGGGAGAAUCAGCCCUAGACACAGCAAACCUUUGCCUAAAGUUGUUUACAAAGAUGGGGGCCAAUACGUCAAUAAAUGAUAUAGACAUUGCCCAUAGAGUACCUAUAAGAAAUUCAAAUGUUAACAAGCCGAAGCCGAUUGUGUGCAAGUUCACCAGGCGAUUAGCAAAGGAUGCACUCAUGCAAGUCCGUAACGAGGCAAGGAAAAUCAAACCCUCGCAGCUGGGUUUCAACAUCGAGCUUGAUGAGCAGUGCGAUGUUAUCAGAGUUUUCGAACACCUUACGCCAAAGGCUCAAUCUUUACUCUUUGAAGCUAAGAAAUUCCAGUCAGCUCAUAAUUAUUCCUAUUGUUGGGCAAAAUCUAACUCGGUAUAUCUAAGACAACGCGAUGGCUCACGCGCGAUCAAGAUUGUUGAGCUGGAUGAUCUUAAGAAACUCUCAGAAGGAUCCUCAAACACUUAUUAG